AUGAGGCCCGGUAAUACCGCCAAAAGAAUAGCCCUAAGAGGCCUAAAACCAAAUAAAAGCCAUGUGGAACUUGGAGCACAUGGAAACCUCGGUUCCUUCAAUCUACGUAUUCCAUGUGUAGGACGUGGAUGCUCUAUUCCAGUUGCAAAGGCUCUGACUGGCAGUGGAAUCCUCAAAAGCCAAAAUAUGAGCUACUCAAGUACAAGUGAUGCAGACGUCUAUCAAUUUAAAGCUGAAACCCAAAAAUUGCUACAAAUUGUGGCUCACUCUCUCUACACUGACAAGGAGGUCUUUAUCCGUGAACUAAUUAGCAACGCUAGCGAUGCUCUAGAAAAGUUGAGGUUCUUGGAAUCCACCGUAGAAGGUUUGUCUGCAAACAAAGUUGACCACGAUGUUCCAUACAAAAUAAAGAUAACAACCGACGCUGCAACAAAAACUUUUACAAUUGAGGAUACUGGUGUUGGAAUGAGCAAGGAUGAAAUUAUAAAUAAUCUUGGUACAAUUGCAAAAUCUGGUUCACUGGAGUUUUUGGAGGAUCCAUCAUUAAACGCAAAAGAUAAAGCAAACGCCAUAAUUGGGCAGUUCGGUGUAGGAUUCUACAGUUCAUUUGUUGUUUCAAGCAAAGUUGAUGUAUUUACCAGGAGUUAUGAUCCAGAGAAGGGAAAAAUGGGCUAUCAUUGGUCUUCUGAUGGUACUGGAUCAUUCAGCAUUAGGGAAGUGGAGAAUCUACCACGUGGAACCAAAAUUAUCUGUUAUUUGCGUGACGAUUGUGUUGCAUUUAGCAACGCUGGAAAUGUUAAACAGAUUGCGGAAAAAUUCUCGGCGUUCAUCAACUUCCCGUUAUUUGCCCAGGAAGGUGAUAAAGAAGUUGAAAUUACUACGCAAAAACCAUUGUGGGUAGAAAAGAGUGCCACAGAUGAGGAGCAUACCAAAUUUUUCAGAUUUCUAAACAACACAUCAUGGGGAGAACCAAUGUACAAAUUCCUGUUCCAUUCUGAUGCUCCACUAUCCAUAAAAUCUCUAUUUUACAUACCAUCCGAUGCACCAAAUAGAAUGUUCCAAUCGAGCAAUGACGUUGGUGUAUCGCUCUAUUCAAGGAGAGUUUUAAUUAAAAAGUCAGCUGAUAACAUUAUACCAAAAUGGUUGUUUUUUGUCAAGGGUGUAAUUGAUUGUGAAGAUAUGCCUCUUAAUGUUAGCCGUGAAACAAUGCAGAAUAAUCAGCUCAUCAAAAAACUGUCAAACACAAUUGUCUUACGCAUUCUAAAGUUCUUGAACGAUCAGAGCAAGAGCAAUCCAGAAGAAUACAGAAAAUUUUAUGACAAGUACAGCUAUUACAUCAAGGAGGGAGUACUUGAUGAAUGCCACAAAAAUGGGACCCAUAAAGACCAAUUGUUAUCCCUUUUAAGGUUUGAAUCAACUCUUGGUAAUCCCAAUGAGCUUAUAUCUUUGGACGAAUAUUUGACAACAAUGAAGGAAAACCAGAAGAAUAUCUACUACUUUUGUGCAAACAAUAGGGAAACCGCUUUGGCGAGCCCAUACAUGGAGUCUUUUAAGAGGAGAAAUCGCAAUGUACUCUUGAUGUAUGAGGAUAUUGAUGAAUUCGUAUCAAUGAACAUUCAGAACUUUAAGGAUAAAAAGUUUGUUGCGAUUGAUUCCCCUGAGGACGACUUUGAACCGGAACUAGAUGAAGUCCCAGCAGAAAAUGCGUUGGAAGUUUUAACUGAGGACCAAAAGAAAACCCUCUCUGAAUUUGUACAGACGACACUCGGAACAAAAGUUAAUGCGGUCAAGUUCUCAGACAGACUUGUUGACUCUCCUGCAGUAGUUACAGGCUUCUUGUCAUCAGCAUUGAGAAAAGUUAUGAAGGCAACAAUGAAAGGUGCAGCUGAUUCCGCAAACAGUUUGUCUUCACUGCCAUCAACUUUGGAACUCAAUCCCAAGCAUCAAAUAAAUGUAAAAAUAUUCCACCUUAUCGAAAGGAACCCAGAAAUUGCAAAGCUCCUCGUUGGACAACUUUAUGACAAUGCAACAAUCGCCGCCGGAAUAGUCGACGAUCCCAGAAUGAUGCUUGGAAGACUAAACCAGCUCCUUAAUGUAACUGCAGACUAUGCAUACAAUGUAAAACACGAUAAAGAAGAAGAAUAA